ACCUGACGCCAGGGGGACGGAUCUAUCCGGGCCUUGGCGCUCUCCUUCCUUUCGCGCCGGGCGCUGGGCUGUGUGGCGGCUCCAUGUGCGCAGCUCGUCUCUAGCCCAGGACACUGACCGGUAAUCCGCGCCUCUCCGCCAGCAUGGACCCCAGCAUACUGAUCGAGGCCCUGCGGGGCACCAUGGACCCGGCCCUGCGGGAGGCGGCCGAGAGGCAGCUCAACGAGUCCCAUAAGUCUGUGAACUUCGUGUCAACCUUGCUGCAGAUCACCAUGUCUGAGCAACUGGAUCUACCUGUACGACAAGCAGGUGUUAUUUAUUUAAAGAAUAUGAUCACUCAGUAUUGGCCGGAUCGUGAAGUGAUCCCUGGUGAAGUGCCCACUCAUACUAUCCCCGAGGAAGAUCGUCACUGUAUACGAGAAAACAUUGUAGAGGCCAUUAUCCAGUCCCCAGAACUCAUCAGGGUCCAGCUUACUACCUGUAUCCAUCAUAUCAUUAAACAUGAUUAUCCAAACCGCUGGACCGCAGUUGUGGAGAAGAUUGGCUUUUAUCUGCAGUCUGAUAACAGUGCCUGCUGGCUAGGAAUCUUGCUUUGUCUUUACCAGCUGGUGAAGAACUAUGAGUACAAGAAACCGGAGGAGAGGACCCCCCUGAUUGCAGCAAUGCAGCACUUUCUGCCCAUGUUGAGGGAGCGAUUUAUUCGUCUGCUUCCUGAGCCCUCAGAGCAGUCCGUUCUCAUCCAGAAACAGAUCUUCAAAAUCUUCUACGCACUUGUACAGUAUACGUUACCCCUGGAACUUAUUAAUCAGCCUAAUCUGGCUGAAUGGAUCGAGAUCUUGAAAACUGUUGUGGACCGGGAUGUUCCUGCAGAGACCCUCCAGGUUGAUGAAGAUGACCGGCCAGAGCUGCCAUGGUGGAAGUGUAAGAAAUGGGCUCUGCACAUACUGGCCAGGCUGUUUGAGAGGUAUGGAAGUCCAGGCAAUGUUUCCAAGGAGUACAAUGAGUUUGCAGAAGUUUUUCUGAAGGCAUUUGCGGUUGGUGUUCAACAGGUCCUGCUGAAAGUUUUGUACCAGUAUAAAGAAAAGCAGUAUAUGGCUCCUCGCGUCCUGCAGCAAACGCUCAACUAUCUCAACCAAGGAGUGUCCCACGCACUUACCUGGAAGAGCUUAAAGCCCCACAUCCAGGGCAUAAUUCAGGACGUAAUUUUCCCACUAAUGUGCUACACGGAUUCAGAUGAAGAGCUUUGGCAGGAGGAUCCCUACGAGUACAUCCGUAUGAAAUUCGACGUGUUUGAAGAUUUUAUCUCCCCUACCACUGCAGCACAGACGCUGCUGUUCACAUCCUGCAGCAAGAGGAAAGAGGUUUUGCAGAAGACUAUGGGAUUCUGUUACCAGAUUUUAACAGAGCCAGUUGCAGAUCCCCGCAAGAAAGAUGGUGCCCUCCAUAUGAUUGGUUCCUUGGCAGAAAUUUUACUGAAGAAAAAGAUCUACAAAGAUCAGAUGGAGUUUAUGCUCCAGAAUCACGUGUUUCCUCUCUUCAGCAGUGAGCUGGGGUACAUGAGAGCGAGGGCAUGUUGGGUUCUACACUAUUUCUGUGAAGUGAAGUUUAAAAUCGAUCAAAACCUGCAGACUGCUCUGGAGCUGACCAGACGGUGUCUCGUGGAGGACCGGGAAAUGCCAGUUAAGGUGGAAGCUGCCAUCGCCCUCCAGGUUCUCAUCAGCAACCAGGAGAAAGCUAAGGAGUACAUUGCCCCGUUCAUCAGGCCUGUGAUGCAGGCUCUGCUACACAUCAUCAGGGAGACGGAGAAUGAUGAUCUGACCAACGUGAUUCAGAAAAUGAUCUGCGAGUAUAGUGAGGAAGUCACUCCCAUUGCGGUGGAAAUGACGCAGCACCUGGCAAUGACUUUUAAUCAAGUAAUUCAAACUGGUCCAGAUGAGGAGGGCAGUGACGAUAAAGCUGUAACCGCAAUGGGAAUACUUAACACAAUUGACACCUUGCUCAGCGUUGUGGAAGAUCACAAGGAGAUUACCCAACAGCUUGAAGGAAUCUGCCUGCAAGUAAUUGGAACGGUUCUGCAGCAACACGUUCUAGAGUUCUAUGAAGAGAUCUUCUCCCUGGCGCACAGUCUCACCUGCCAGCAGGUCUCUCCUCAGAUGUGGCAGCUUUUACCACUGGUCUUUGAGGUCUUCCAGCAGGAUGGGUUUGAUUACUUCACAGACAUGAUGCCUCUCCUGCAUAAUUAUGUCACUGUGGACACAAACACCCUCCUCUCCGACACAAAGUAUCUGGAGAUGAUAUACAGUAUGUGUAAAAAGGUGCUGACGGGAGUCGCUGGGGAAGAUGCUGAAUGUCACGCGGCUAAACUACUAGAAGUUGUCAUCUUACAGUGUAAAGGACGUGGCAUUGACCAGUGUAUACCGCUGUUUGUAGAGGCUGCUUUGGAGAGGUUAACUCGUGAGGUGAAGACAAGCGAGCUGAGAACAAUGUGCCUGCAAGUGGCUAUAGCUGCAUUAUACUACAGUCCCCUCUUCCUUCUCAACACGUUGGAAAACCUGCGUUUCCCCAAUACCGUUGAGCCUGUCACAAAUCACUUUAUCAAGCAGUGGCUGAAUGACGUUGACUGCUUUCUGGGAUUACAUGACCGGAAGAUCUGCGUCCUGGGCCUCUGCGCUCUUAUUGAACUUGAACAACGGCCCCAGGUGCUGAAUGAGGUCUCCUCACAAAUCCUGCCUGCUUUCAUCCUCUUAUUCAAUGGUUUGAAGAGAGCUUAUGCCUGCCAUGCAGAGCAAGAGAACGACAGUGAUGAUGAUGAGGAUGGGGAAGAGGAUGAUGAAGCCGAGUUAGGCAGUGAUGAAGACGACAUUGAUGAAGAUGGUCAGGAAUACCUUGAGAUUUUAGCUAAACAAGCUGGAGAGGACGGUGAUGACGACGACUGGGAGGAAGACGAUGCAGAGGAAACUGCGCUAGAAGGCUACACAACUCUUAUUGAUGAUGAAGAUAACCCCGUCGACGAGUAUCAGAUAUUUAAAGCUAUAUUUCAAAAACUGCAAGGAUUGGACCCAGUAUGGUAUCAAGCUCUCACUCAAGGGCUCAGCGAGGACCAGGGGAAACAGUUACAAGACAUUGCAACGCUGGCGGAACAGAGGCGGGCGGCUCACGAAUCCAAAAUGAUCGAGAAGCACGGAGGAUACAAAUUCAACGCUCCAGUUGUGCCAAGUUCAUUCAAUUUUGGUGGCCCUGCCCCAGGCAUGAAUUGAGCGGUCGCUUUCUUUCCUGCUAACGUGUGACUGAUUUGUAGUGAAAAAGCUUGUGUUCCUCCCGUAGCGGUUUCAGAUCCGGUUCAUGUUCUCUGAAGCUCGUUCUGAACUCUUGACAUCGGAAUCUGGAAAGUGAGAGCGGCUCAUGUAACUCGGCCCUGGGACAGCAAACACGGGGGGGGUUUCUUUUUCUUUAUUUUUUUCUUCCCCCUUAUCUCUCUGAAGAUAGAGCUCUAACUUCCAAUAAACUGAGGAGAUCUGAAGCCUGGCGAGAAGACGUCAAGGAGGCAGCUUUAUUUUCUGUGGAAAAAUAACACCGUAAACACGGGGACACACGGGACUGUAUUUAAAAUCUUACCAUAAUCACGAGGGCCAAUUUACAUUUUACUUCACCAGUUUUAGUGUACUAGCUUAUAACACAUUACUUGCAUCAGAUUGGUGUUCAUUCUUUUUAUUGUAAGACAAAACGGAGGCAAAUCGUAGCCUUAGGCAGAUUCCAUUACCGAAUAGACUUGACUGUUCCUAAUGUAGAAUGUUGGACACUUGUAGCACUACACAAAUGAAUGAAAUAUGUAAAUGAACAGCACUUUUAUAUGGAAAGUCACCUGAUCGCCCUGUGUACAAAAUUGGCAACUUACUGUUUAUAUAUACAAAAUAAGGGAUGAACAAGGCACGGGUUCAGGUUUAAUUGAAAAGUGAAUGCUGGGGUUUUUUUUUUGUAUCUGGUGACUUUUGUGGGGAAGUCACUCUGGUUGUGACUUGAAUUUGGUUAUGUAAAAAAAACAAAAAACGGGGGCUAGUAAUAUUUCAUUGCUGCUACAAUUGGCCACAUACUCUGCGUCCCCCUUUUCUUUUCCCCUUAAAUCUGAUACAACAUUUACCAUCAAAAGCAUGUAUUCUUGGACAUGAAGCUCUACUCUUGCAGAGUCUCUGACGUGUGUGGAUGGAACAUCUAUAUAUGCAAACUAUUAAAAAGAAAGAGAUGAAUUCGGCUAAUCUCGGCCUCAGACUAGUUUGUUGGGUUUUAUAAGAUGAGUGAUCUCUGGGCAGUUAAAUUGAGGGGAGGGUGUGACAGUCGCCAACACAUAAUAAAGGCAGACCUUUGUAUAUAUUUCUAUUACUGUACCGCCAUCCAGUUUCUUUCUUUCAUGUCCUCGGUAUGCCUGGCCCACAAUAUGGCUGCACCUCUGCUGUGUAGUCAUAUGCCCUCAUGCUCCAGAACUUAAUGUUUGUCUAUGCCUUCCUAAAUGCAAUAGGGUCUGAUCUCAGAAUGUGCAUUUUUUUUUUCUUUGCUGUCCUUUUAAAGCAGCAAAUUUAUUUUUAUUUUUUUGAAAUAAAAAAAUUGCUGUUUUAAAUCCUGCUGAAUUUUUUGUUUUGUAAGACUGGCCCUGUAACAUUUGGCUUUGGAAAUCGGGUUCUAGCUAAACAAUUUGUAUCAAGAUGAUUUUUUUUUUAUAUAUAUCUUAAAAGUAUUUCCCCGUUUUGCCGUCAUUUUGACGUUUUGUUAUUCAUUGUAAUUUAUUCAACCUGAUCUAUUUUCCUUGGGUAAGAAUCCGCCACAGUUGCUCAAAGGUGAAAAGCUAAACUUUUGUUCUUCAUAAGGUUUUAAAAUAGACACCAAUGCAGCAAUGACAAUAUUGCAAUAAAAUAUAUGAAGAUUGAUGCUGAAUGA